AUGAAACACCUCCCCUGCAGCAUAGAGCAGCUCAACUUCACUGUGUUGGAAUCUGACAUGGCCUCCUCUUCUCCUGAAUUCCAACCUGAUGUGGUCCCUGCAGUGCUGAUGUCCAUCUUCUUCCUGGUGGGAGUUCCUGGAAACAUCGCUGUGGUUCUCCUCAGACCCAGCUUUCAGCAUCUGUCCAGCCUGAGCCAGAGUUUGAUGCUGAAUUUGGCUUUUUCAGACAUACUCUGCCUGCUGACCCUCCCAGUGUGGAUUUACAUGUUGCUCUACAGCUGGACCUUCGGCCUGGAAGCCUGCAAGGUGGCCAUUUACCUCGUAUACUGCAGCGUUUAUGGCAGCCAGCUGACUGUGACGAUGCUGGCCAUCCAGCGCUACCUGCUGGUUGUACGCCAGAAGAAAUUCCUAGAGUUUGCAAGGAAGAGGCUGCUGGUUCUGCUUUGGCUGGUUGCAGUGCUGCUGUCCAUCCCUGCUAUCGUGUUUCAAGAGCUGUACAGAUAUCAGACCUGGUCAGAAUGUGUGCGUGUCUACUCCCCUGACUCUUCCAGGAUGGCUGCACUGCUGACUGAAUCAGUGGCCGGAUUCAUUUCACUUUUUGUCGUGGCGUUUGCUUACAUCCAAGUCCGCAAAAAGGUGAACCAGGCGGCAUUUUUCAACAACCCCCAGACAAACAGACUGGUUACCAGCAUCAUUGUGACCUCUUUUGUCCUGUGGGUGCCAUAUCACAUAGUGAAUGUGCUGUAUGUCGUUGCGAUUUCUCUAAAGAUAGGGAGUUUGUGGGACUUUUUCCACAAAACCUGGGGAAUUGUUGUAGCUGUAACAUUUGUGAACAGCUGCCUGAAUCCACUUCUGUAUGCAUUUGCUUCUUACAAAAUGCGUCAAACGACCACAACAAAUAAUGAAACUGCUGAAGAUGAAGAGCUACAAGAAUAAUAUCACCAAGAUCAAACCAACAGUUUCUACUCAAAUCUCUCUGUUCUGUCUGAUUUUCUCCUUCUAUAAUGUGUAAAUAUUUUUAUAGAUGUGGGAAAUUUAAGCUUCAUGUACUGUAUCAUGCACUUUGAGGUGAAAUUUCCAAAGACUGUUGCAUAAUUUCAGUGUAUGUUUGAACAGCAAUGUCUCAGAAUCUAUUGAAGAUAAAAGCCUGAAAACCUUCAA